AUGAUGGAUGCAGCAAAAAAGAACAACAACAUGUUGCACCGGAUUUGGGGUGCUCUUAAUCGGAUCAAGGUGAUGAGAUCUAUGCGUACAGACAUCCCAGAAGAGGAAGAGGAAGAGGAAGAGGAAGAGGAAGAUGAUGAGAUGACUGAAGGAGAGGAUGAUGAGUUAGCGGAGGAGGCUGCACCGAGCGGAGAUAGACGCCUGCCUAGGAGGAGACACAGUCCAGCCUUGGAUGAUUUUGUGCUAAUUUGUAUUGCAAUUUGCGGAUGCGUUAUAACUCCAAAUGAUGAAAAGUUAUCUUCUGUGAAUUCUACGAGAUGUUAUCUUUCCAUAGACAUCUCAAACGUGGUCAAACUCAUUUUUCUCCGGCUGGAAUCGUCUUCCAAAGUAGGCUUCGCACACACUGUUUUCCUGAGAAAAUUGCAGGUUUCUCAGCAAUUUCUUGGCCAGGAAGCAACGCUUGUAAAAUGCACCUCCGGUGGGACUAGGGUUCCGACUUGA